AUGUGUGCUAAACCGGUUUUAAAGAACAAAGAAUUACUCAGAGACGCUGCUUAUGUGAAUGGUCAAUGGGUCAAUGAAAGUAAAGAAUAUUUUGAGGUUACUGAUCCUGCUACCGGUGAGGUCAUUGCCAAAUUGCCCGAACAACCAGUUUCUGCUGUAGAAGAGGCCAUUGAUGUGGCCUACGAGAGUUUUAAGACGUUUAAGAACACAAGUUCAAGGCAGAGAGCAACAUGGCUGAGAAACAUUUAUGACCUUAUAAUGGAGAAUCAGGACGACCUGGCCAAGAUUUUAACUUGGGAAAAUGGAAAAGCUCUAGCCGAGGCUCAAGGGGAGGUCAAGUACGGAGCAUCGUAUUUCCAAUGGUUUGCAGAGGAAGCUGUUCGUUCUUAUGGUGUUACUAUUCAGCCAACAGUGCCUUCGAAUAGAGCUUUUACUAUUAGACAACCUGUUGGUGUUUGUGGUAUGAUUUGUCCUUGGAAUUUUCCUAAUGCGAUGAUCACCAGAAAGGUCGCCCCAGCACUCGCAGCAGGAUGCACUGUAGUCCUGAAACCGGACUCUCAGACACCGCUUUCUGCCCUAGCAUUGGCAUAUUUGAUCGAAAAGGCUGGAGUUCCCAAAGGCGUUUUCAAUUUGGUAUUAUCUCAUGCAAAAACUCCCGAAUUCGGUUUGAAAUUAUGUGAAUCUCCAAAGGUGAAGAAGAUUACUUUCACUGGGUCAACAAAUGUGGGGAAAAUACUAAUGAAACAGUCUGCAUCCACCAUGAAGAAACUCUCGUUUGAAUUGGGCGGUAACGCACCUUUUAUUGUGUUUAAUGACGCCGAUCUCGACCAAGCCGUUGAGCAAGCCAUUGCCUGUAAGUUUAGAGGUCUGGGUCAAACUUGUGUCUGCGCCAAUAGACUAUAUGUGCAAUCUGGUAUUAUCGACAAAUUCUCAGAGAAAUUGGCGGCUAAGGUUAACAACUUUGUUAUUGGUCAUGGUCUAGACGAAGGAACCACUCAUGGCUGUUUAAUCAGUCCUAAGGCUUUUCAAAAAGUUGAGGAUCAUGCUCAAGACGCUAUCAAAAAGGGUGCCAAGACUGUGGUUCAAGGUGGUCCUCUACCAGAAAAGGGUGAAGCAUUUUACUCUCCAGUGGUGUUAUCGCAUGUUCCUCAAUCGGCAAAGGUUGCUAAGGAGGAGACCUUUGGUCCAUUAUGCCCAAUCUUCUCUUUUGAAACACUAAAGGAAGUCGUAGGGUACGCUAACGAUACAAAUGUCGGCCUAGCUGCGUAUGUUUUCUCAAAGAACAUCGAUACUAUCUAUACCAUCUCAGAAGCAUUGGAGGCUGGUAUGGUCUCUUGUAACACAGGUUUGUUCACCGAUGCAUCUAUACCAUUUGGCGGUGUGAAGGAAUCAGGCUUCGGCAGAGAGGGGUCUCUGUAUGGUAUUGAAGACUACACUUUCAUCAAAACAGUUACAAUUGGUAACUUGCCCGACAAAAUUUAA